AAUUUUAUGGCGCAGUAGUCUACCUAUGUCAAAUGAACUCUCUUCGGUCAAUUGUUCAGCAUCGCAAUUUUAUGUGCCCACAGAGAAUAAUUCGGGUUUUCAUAUUUGCAGCACAAAAGAUGCUGGCUCACCAAGGAGAAAUGUUGCACGCUUUCAACGCCCUACAGCAUUGCUGAGUGAAAGACAUAGGUCUGAGUCUCCUGCAACUCGUUCGAAAAGCAGACAGAAUGAGUUGGCUGCCACCCUCGACCGACAGCAUGACAAGUAUGACUUUGAGUCCUUGCAGAGAGAAAUUACCAAAAGAAGUGGAGUCCUCGUUUUUGGAAACAAAGUACUAAGCUUUUUUCAUACUCAUUUCAUAGGUUUUGCAUGCAAAAACAGACGACUUCAUCAAUGAAGGGUGCUUGGGUUCUGGGACCUGUAGUUCUGUAUAUAAAAUGCGGCACCGUUCAAAACAUGAUAUUGUUAUGGCUGUUAAGCAGAUGCGUGUGUCAUCUACGUAUGAAGAGGAAAACAAACGCAUUAUGAUGGACCUAAACAUUGUUACCAAAAGUUUUGAUUGUGCUCACAUUGUCGAAUGCUUUGGGAUAUUUUUUUCAGGAGGUGAUGUUUGGAUAUGUAUGGAGGUCAUGUCAACUUGCUUGGACAAGCUGUACCACGAUUUGCAUCGUCCAUUUCCUGAGAAAGUAUUGGGAAAAGUGACUGUAGCUGUAAGUUUGGUUGACUAUCCUUUAAUCCUUUAUAAAGAUCACUACUGCUCUAGAC